CUCAGCGGUUCCCUCCCCUUCCCUCCCGCCCCGAAACCUGAUCCGGCUGAAGGACUUGAAGGACUGAUUGCAUGAAGACUUGGCUGCUUCCCAACCCUAGUAGCUGGGGGAGUGCAAAGCUGCAGCCUCAGAAGGUGCGGGCAGCGGCUGAGAGAGGCAGGCUGGCCUGGUCAUGAGGUUGGCAGAGGGCCGGCAGGCUGGCCCUGGGGGGGACUCGCCCUGAGCGGCCGUUCAGAGGCACUCCCACGGUGGGACGCUCGCCAUGCUGCUGGGGGUCUGGCAGGCACUGCUCGCCCUGCUCCUCCCCAUGCUGCUGGCACGGGGAGAAGCCAGGGUGAGGGGACGUCUCCAGGCCCGCAAUGCCACCAGGCCCGCUCUGCUGAGGCUGUCAGAUUACCUCCUGGCCAACUACAGGAAGGGUGUGCGACCCGUGAGGGACUGGAGGAAGCCGACCACCGUGGCCGUGGACGUCAUUGUCUAUGCCAUCCUCAACGUGGAUGAGAAGAAUCAGGUACUGACCACCUACAUCUGGUACCGGCAGUUCUGGAUUGAUGAGUUCCUCCAAUGGAACCCUGAGGACUUCGACAACAUCACCAAGUUGUCCAUCCCCACGGACAGCAUCUGGGUCCCAGACAUUCUUAUCAAUGAGUUUGUGGACGUGGGGAAGUCUCCAGACAUCCCGUACGUGUAUGUUCGUCAUGAUGGUGAGGUGCGGAACUACAAGCCCCUCCAGGUGGUGACUGCCUGCAGCCUCGACAUCUAUAACUUCCCCUUCGACGUGCAGAACUGCUCGCUGACCUUCACCAGCUGGCUGCAUACCAUCCAGGACAUCAACAUCACCCUGUGGCGCUUGCCAGAAAAGGUGAAGUCUGACAAAAGCGUCUUCAUGAACCAGGGCGAGUGGGAGCUGCUGGCGGUGCUGACGCAGUAUCGGGAGUUCAGUAUCGAAAGCAAUGACUGUUUCGCAGAAAUGAAGUUCUCCGUUGUCAUCCGCCGGAGGCCCCUGUUCUAUGUGGUCAGCCUGCUGCUGCCCAGUAUCUUCCUCAUGGUCAUGGACAUCAUGGGCUUCUACCUGCCCCCAGACAGUGGUGAGAGGGUCUCCUUCAAGAUUACACUCCUCCUGGGCUACUCAGUCUUCCUGAUCAUUGUGUCCGACACGUUGCCGGCCACUGCCAUUGGCACUCCCCUCAUUGGUAUCUACUUUGUGGUAUGCAUGGCUCUGCUGGUGAUAAGCUUGGCCGAGACCAUCCUCAUCGUGCGGCUGGUGCAUAAGCAGGACCUGCAGCAGCCCGUGCCUGCCUGGCUGCGGCGCCUGGUUCUGGAGAGAACAGGAACCACCCAGCUGCUGUGCCUAGGAGAGUGGUCAACCUCCCAGAGGCCCCCUGCCAUCCCCCAAUCUACCAAGACUGAUGACUGUUCAGCCAUGGGAAACCAUUGCAGCCAUUUGGAAGAACCCCGGGACCUGGAGAAGACCCUGAGGGGCAGAGGCAGCCCUCCCCCACCGCCGCGGGAGGCCUCGCUGGCCGUGCGCGGGCUGCUGCAGGAGCUUUCUUCCAUCCGGCACUUCCUGGAGAAGCGGGAUGAGAUCCGAGAGGUGGCCCGGGACUGGCUGCACGUGGGCUCCGUGCUGGACAAGCUGCUCUUCCGUGUCUACGUGCUGGCGGUGCUGGCCUACAGCAUCACCCUGGUCAUGCUCUGGUCCAUCUGGCAGUAUGCUUGAGUAGAGCCAGCAGGGGAGGGGUGUGGGGCUGGUUGGGAUGGGGAUGGAGGAUUUCUCUUGGGUCCUUCAGAGCCCAAGGGAUGCCAGGGACAUUCUGUAUCUGCGA